AUGGUCAAAUUCUACGGAUAUAUUGUGGCAGAGGAGUGGUUACUCCAGCGAGGCAUUGAGAUGGGUCAUCCGCCCCCCAAGACGUACAGCGACUUGACGGAUAUCAUUGUCAUGGCUGCGGGAGAUGUUAGGUUAGAGACAGGCGUUUACCGUUACACCAAACUUCGUGACGUGCAGAAUCACAAGGGGAAAACCUUUUGGUGCAUCGCCUUCGCCUCUUCCGACCCUCGAGAGGGCUUACCAACCAGCGCGCCCCCCGAGUCAAAAUCCAACGCUUUGAAGGAGGCGCUGCAGAAGACUGGCCCGCCUCGCUGGUUCCGAGGUGCUUGA